GGAAGCACAGCAGCAAUCGGAAGCCAUGCGGCUGGAUGCAGCAAGACUUGGCAGUGCCCUCCGGAAGGACAGCACUGACCAGCAAGGCCUUUGGCAGAUGGAUCGCCGUGCACCGUCUUGCCAGGAAGAGCAGGAGCAGUCCCCGCAGCCACCAUCAAGGAAGCCUUUCGCCUCACAGCCGUUGCGUCCAGCACCGCCUGGGGCAGAAGGAGGACACUUCAUAGUUCCACGGCGUCAGCAGAACUUAGGUUGCGUAAAGCCCCCGUUGACAUACGAGGUGAGUGUUCACGAGGCUAUUUCGGCUACGGCAUCUCCCCAGCAUCGUUUGCCGGCACCAAUUGAGGUCGCCAUAUGCGCUCGACAUCCGCAAGGAGGUCAGAAGGUCUCCGGCACCGUUGCCCGGCCCAUGGCAGUUGUGGCUGCCCUGUUCCUUCAACUUGGCAGGUUCAUCUCCUUCGUUCCCACACCAUUGCAGCCUGCCAGAAGUGACCGGAUACCAUCGGCUGCCGUCCCGACUUUGGUGGAGGAUGCUGUUAGUGAUCCCUUUGUGUCGGGCAAGCCUGGACGAGCCGGAGGAGGAGGCGAUGGUGGUCCAACGCCUCAGGAGCAAGUCCAGGUCAUCGUUUAUCGCUCUGCGCUGGCUACGACGGCGCUUUGCUGGGCUGCGACUUACACCUUGGACUUCUUCAUGACGAGUGGUAUUUCUGUGAUUGACGGCUCCAUCCAAGCAGCUGCCUUGGCUUUGGCAGAUGUUAGCGCAAGCGUGGCGGCCCUUGCUGCGCCCACGGGUUCCAGGCUGGUGGCAGGCGUCGUUUUGCGUCUUCUGGGCGGUGCCACUCUGGCAAUGGCUGCCCUGGGGCUUACUGCGCCUGGAGCCUUGGGUGCAGUUGCUGGGCCCUGCUGUUUGGUACUGGUUUGUGCCCGCGAGAUCUUCUGGUUUGGAUGGUCAUACAAGGUGGAUGCCAUUUGCGGCCUCCUCCUUUUUGCGGGCGUGGCGGGCCUCCGCCUUGCAGCUUCAUCAGCAUCCACGAGCGAGGUAUUGGCACCAGAAACUACCGUCUUCGAGAGCUGGGAUCAGAUGCCAACUGUGCCAACCUUGUUUGAUGUGCGGCCAGUGGGACCACCAUUGCUGGUGUCCUUUGGUUGCUACAUCAGCCUAUCUGAGAAGACUCGAAGCGUCGUUCUCCUUAUGCCACAGCUCAUCCUUGAGGGCAAGGCUGAUGAGCUCAUCAGCAAGUUUGAAGAGGCAUAUUUAGAGGUCAAAGCGCGCAAGGAGGUGUACCUGGCUGAAGAAGCUGAAAGCUACUUCCACUACUUGAAGCCAAAGGCUCGGGAGGCUGCCGCAGAGGCUGCGAGCCGAGGACUGUCGCAGGUGCUUGUCCUCGAGCACUUAGACGGAGAUGUGGUGGAACGCUCCUUAGCCAUGAAAGAGGGCCUGGAGGAAACGUACGGCAAAGGAAGCUUCUACAUCAGCUUGGACAAAUGGGAAUGCCAAAGAGACAUUGAAUUCUUCUUCCCGCACCUGGACGCCUUGCCUGUAGAACGCACGCUAGCCGUUAUCAAGCCUGAUGCUAUCCAGCAGGGCGAAAAGGGCGGAAAGACGGUGGAUCAAGUGGUCGAGGACGAAGCCGCACAGCUCGGCUUGUUCGUGGUCUCGAAGCAGCAGCUGGUGCCGGAUGAGGCACAGGCGAAGCUCAUCUGCCAGGAGUAUGAAAGUACCGCGGAUCAUGCAAAUGCUGUGGCAGCCGUGAUGUCCGAGCCCGGAUGCCUGGUCAUGUGCAUGGAGGGCCGAGGUGCCAUUGGCAAAAUGCAGCUUAUUUGUGGACCAUCACAUUCUGGGGCGGCUCGUGAACGUGCGCCCACAACUAUCAGAGCUCUGUGGGGCACCGAUGGCACGAGCAAUGCCAUGUAUGCAAGCAGCACCAUGGUUUCGGCAGACAAGGAAAUCAAAACGUUUUUCCCGGAUGGCGCGCUGAAGCUUGAGCGAACGCUCUGCAUCGUCAAGCCAGAUGCCAUUGCAAAUUUGGUUGCAGUCAAGGCGGAAAUCGACGCGGCCGGUUUCACCGUCUUAAAGGAGAAGCAAACCACUUUGAGCGAGGAGCGUGCAAAGGAGUUCUACAGGAGUAUGAAGGACGACCCUGCGUUCCCAGCUGUGAUCAAGGAAGCAUGCAGUGGACCCUGCUGUGCGAUGGUGCUAUGCCGCCUGGAAGCAGUCACUGUCCUCAAGCAGCUCAUGGGGAAUGCGUCAGUGAAGGAUGCGAGGAAGUCACGGCCGGGCUCCCUACGCGCCCGCUUUGGACGCGACGGCCAGCGCAACGCCGUUCACGGGAGCGAGUCUCUGAAGGACGCCGUGCAGGAAAUCCGAUUCUUCUUCCCGGAGAUGGGUGUGGAUCCGCUGCCAGAUGACAAUGAGGUCAGGGACUUCAUCUUCCGCAAGUCAGCUCGUGCCUCCAUGGACCUGCAGACGCUCUCUGACGCGCAAGCAACAGACUUCGAGCUGGAUCCAACAUUGCAGCAGCUGAUCUCAAACGGCCUCAUUGGGCUGUGUAAAGUGAAGCCACAGGGCCUUGCGGCUGUGAAGUGGUUGGCCAACUGGCUGAGUGAGAACAACCCGAACAACCAUGCUCCAAAGGCUUCAUUUGACCCCCCAACACGUACAAGCCAGUAUGUGGAGUCUGGUGUGAACGGGGACGGCAUGCCAUUUGUCGUGGAGGCACCGGUGCCAGCAGCCCCAUCAAAGCCCAUAGUGGAAGUCACGGAGGAGGAUCUCAAGAAGGAGCCAGGCGAGAGCGACUUGAAGACUCCUCCAUUUGUGGUCUUUGUGGCAGGUGGCCCAGGCUGUGGCAAGGGCACGCAGUGCGUGAGGAUCAAGGAAGAGUUUAACUUGAUCCACCUUAGCACAGGAGAUCUGAUGCGCGCGGAGGUCAAGGCUGGGUCAUACCUAGGCGGUGAAAUCGAGAAGCAUAUGUCUGCUGGCACAUUAGUUCCCGAUGACAUUGUCUUGGCGCUCCUCAAAAAGGCCAUGAUCAAGAACCAAGACACCAACAGGUUUCUGUUGGAUGGCUUCCCUCGUGCUGUCGAGCAAGCACAGCGCUUCGAGCGUGAGAUUGCAGAGGUGUCAUUCAUGCUUUACCUAGAGGCUAGCCAUGAGACAAUGAUGCAGCGCAUCAAAGGUCGAGCUGCCUCCAAUCCAGGCAGGGUGGAUGACAACGAUGAAACCGUUCGCAAGCGACUCGAAGUUUUUGACCAGCAGACUCUUCCCCUUUGCAACUACUAUGGCCCCAUUGGCAAGCUGCGCAAGGCAAAUGCGGAGAAGUCACCCGACGAGGUUUUCGCAGAGGUCAAGCGCUACUUCAGCUGCCGUUUCCUUUACCUCCUUGGUCCUCCAGGGGCCCCCGUCGACCAAAUGGCGGACAAAUUGGAAAAGCAGUAUGGCUACUCUGCCAUUAACCUGACGGCAUUGCUCAAGAGCUAUGCUGAUUCCAAUGAAGCAGACGCGCCGGCUGUGAAGAAGGCAAUGCUGGCCGGCAAGCCGGUGGAGGCCUCAAUCGCUUGUCCUCUCAUUCUUUCGGAAAUCUACAGGGACAUGGCGCUGGGCGUCCAGAAUUUCGUCUUGUCCGACUUCCCGCAGAGCCUCAAGCAAGCCCAGUUCCUGGAGUACCGUGUCUCCAGCAUUACCCGGACUUUAGUGCUGGACUUCUCACGCGCUGAUGCUGCUGACCUUGCGGCCACAAUGAGCAGCAAGGACACUCUGGAGCUCGAGCUUCGGUCCAACUCCUUCUUCGGGCAGGAGACUUCUGAGAUGCUCACGGCAUUGAAGGCAGAAAGGAUCCCCUACAGCUUGAGCGAGAUGCAGACCGCAUCCAGUGUUGUAGAUGGUACCUGGAAGAAGCUCAGUGAGCAAGUUCUGCCAUCUUUGACUGUGGUCUUGGGAUUGCCAGGCAGCGGCACAGAUGUGCUGGCGAACCUUUUGGCACAAAGUUCUCCCAACUUUGAGGCGGUCGACUGCAAUGAGCUGUUGGACAAGGAGCUUGAGCGUCAGACGGAAAUGGGGCUGGCUAUGCACAACAUGCUGGCAAAGGGUCAGGUUGUUCCGUUGUCCAUGACGUUGGAGCUUCUCAAGGGCGUGGCCAAUCUAACAUGCUCUGAGUGUCUGAUUAUUCAGAACUGCCCCCAGUAUGUCGACCAGAUAGAACUGAUCGAGCGCGACUUCCGCAUCAACAAGGUGUAUUACAUCCAUGGCAACGAAGCCGCCGAGAAGUCGUGGGCGGACAGUUUUGCGUCGAAGGACGACAGUACAACGGCUGCCAAGCGCUUCAGUGAUCUGCAAAGCCGCUUGCCGCCCAUCGUUGCGCACUUCAGCCGCCUCGGCCUUCUUGAGAAGUUUGAGGUGGCCGAAACUCCCAACAAGGAGAAGCUGCAAAGCCUCAUCAACAAGUCCCGCAUGCCGCAAUUUGCAGUGGUCAGCAGCUUGUCUCCAGUCCUGGGUGCCAAAAAGGCGCAGGAGCUUUGCGAUGCCUAUGGCGGUAGCCCGAUAACGGCGAAGAGCCUGGCUGAGUUUACGGGCACAGCAUCCGCGGACAGCUCUGAUGAGAUCACCAUGCUCAAAACCUUCGCGCAGGGACGCGCGGAACCGUUCCUGGUGCUGCAGGAUUGCCCCAGCGUGGACUCGCAAGCUCACGCCUUCCUGGAGGCCUUUGGGGCACCCCGAGCUGUGGUCUAUCUUGAGUGUGAUGAUGAGUACCUGGAGGAAGAGUACCGAGGCCUACACGAGGAUGAAGAGAUCGAUGGUGAACAGCUUGCUGAGAAGAUGGCACAGCAGCGGGCCACUAUGGAGGGAACCCUGAAGGUCUUCAAGGAGCUCUGCCCAGGCAGUUGCCUAGACAUUGACAAGAAGAUGCGAGAGAGUCCAGCAGAUGUGACUGCCAUGAUUCAGCAGAAGCUCCUUCCGACAGUCUAUGUUAUCUUGGCACCGAAUGCAGAGUCCAACUUUGGCAAUCUUGUGGCUGAGACCGUCUGCACUAUGAGCACAUCAGGAGGAGUGGAGGAUGCCCUGCCGUCCAAGUACACCAUCCUUGACGCCAUGGCAGUUUGUAAGCGCGGCAGCCACAGUCCAGCUGUUGAGGACGCCAUUGUCAAGGCAUCCUUCACGGCGGACACUCCAGACAGCUUGCCUGUGAAAGUAUGGGCGGAGAUCUGGAAGGAGGCCUUCCUGAAGUCGGCAGACCCAAUGGGCACGUUCUUGAUCACCAACUUCCCAACGGCCAGCUCUGUCAAGGCUAACAGUGUGCGAGACCAGCUCUCUGUGGUGGAGUCCGUUUCUGCUUUAGCAGGCAUCCUUCACAUCAAGCUCGGUGCCGCAGCGUACGCAUCCUUCUGCAGCACUGACGACGAGCAGCUGGAGGCGUACUCGAACUUCGAUGCCCAGGUGCACGACCAGGCAUUGGCCCAGUUUGGCCCUGGACGUAUCAUGGAAUGCCUGCUGAGUGAAGCGACGGACAGCACUACUGCUGCUCAGAAAGUUGCGACGCAGUUCUUCAGCUUUCAGGCCAAAGGCAACGCGUGA